AAAAACACUCUGGUCAUUGCACCUUUUUUUUCCCUCUCCCACCUUUUACUCUCCACCAUCCAAAUCCACAUUCUAAAAAUAGACCAAAUUGAACUUCCAUUCUCUUUGUUCUAUGCCUCUCAACAAAAAUGUCUUCACACAAAUCCUGUCAAUUUUCAACAACUUUUACUUUUCACCAACCUUCCUUAGAACAAAUUAAUUCCACAACAAACUUCAUGCAUACAUGUGCAUUGUGAUGUUCUAAAAUCCUAAACUCCUAAUAAACAACAAAAAAAAAAAAUCUAGUUGUUUAAUUUGAUUUGAUUCUGUCACAAUGCCAAGCAAACUAAGGAAGGCAAUUGGUGCAGUAAAAGACCAAACAAGCAUUAGCCUAGCAAAGGUAACACAUGCUGCAAAUCUUGAGGUAACAAUUCUUAAAGCAACAACACAUGAUAAAAAUCCAAUUGAAGAACGUUAUGUGAAUGAAAUUGUCAACAUAGUAUCUUCCAACAAAGCCUAUGCUGCUGCAUGUGCACAAUGCAUAGGUAAAAGAAUGGGCAAAACUAGAAAUUGGGUUGUUGCACUUAAAUCUCUUAUGAUUGUCCUUAGAAUAUUUCAAGAUGGUGAUCCAUAUUUUCCUAGAGAAGUUUUUCAUUCAAUGAAAAGGGGUGCAAAAAUUCUCAACCUUUCAAGUUUCAAAGAUGAUUCCAAUUCUAGUCCUUGGGAUUACACUGCAUUUAUAAGAACAUUCGCAUUGUACCUUGAUGAACGAUUAGAUUGUUUCCUAACGGGAAAACUUCAACGACGAUUCACGUAUAAUAAUCGGUUUCAUGAGAAGAAUCAAAGGAAUGAACCUGGUAUUAGAGACAUGAAACCUACAUUGGUUCUUAAUAGAAUCACUUAUUGGCAAAGGUUGUUGGAUAGAGCUAUUGGUACGAGACCGACUGGAGCGGCUAAGAAUAAUCGUUUGGUUCAGAUUUCUCUUUAUGCUGUUGUGCAAGAAAGUUUUGAUCUUUACAAAGAUAUCUCUGAUGGGCUUGGGGUUGUUUUGGAUAAUUUCUUCAAUUUACCACUUUCAGCUUGUGUUACUGCAUUCAAUGCAUGUGUUAAAUCAUAUAAACAAUUUGAUGAGUUAUCUGCAUUUUAUUCAUUUUGUUUAAAUAUUGGAAUUGGAAGGUCCUAUGAGUAUCCAAGUGUGCAAAAAGUUUCCGAAGAGCUUAUGGAGACAUUACAAGCUUUCUUGAAGGAUCAAGCUUCAUUCCAUAAUACUGCUUCAAAACAUUUUAUUCUUUCUGCACAAAAAAAAUCUAAUGCAGGUUUAAGUUCAUCUCAAGACGAAUUAGGCACUGAAAGAUGUGGAACACUUGAUAGGUAUUUUGAGACUGGUUCUGAGUUUGGAUCUCAAUGUACAUCAUUGGAAGAUUUAAUGAGUGCUACUGAUGUUGCCGAGAGUUCCCGCGGUUCAAUUGAACAUGAUAGGUAUUCCGAGGAAUCUGAUGAGAAACAUUCAUUACAAUAUGAUGAUGGGUUUGGUAGCGCUAAUGGUUCUGGUUCUGUUAGAUCAUCGACAAUCGACAAAAAUUCUAGGUCAAGUUUUGAUAUAGUAAGUGUUGAUGAUAUGCAUGUGCAACAAAAUCAUCAAACAAAGGAAAGUUCCAAAGAUUGUUGGGAAAUAGUGUUAGCAAAGACAAUAACUAAUGAAACACCGUCACCUAAAUUGGAGAAUGGAUUUGACUCUUUUGACAAAGCAUUUGAUCAAGCUUUAGUACCUCAUCAAAAAUAUAAUCCAUUCCUAGAAGACAUUGGAACUUUAGCUCCUCAUACCAAUGCCAAUGAUAAUUUUGAUGAUGCUUUUGGUGUAUCACCAACUUUUAAGGCAACACCAUCACCUACCUUUAAUGCUCAUGAUCCUCUUGCAUCAUCUUUCUCUGAUCAAAAUUCUAAUUCCUUAACAAAUUUGGAUCUAAUUUUUGGUGACAUAAAUCCAAAUGACACAACAGUGGCACCAACUUUUAAGGCUCAACAGUCUUUUAAUCAUGGUUCAGCACCAACGUUUCAGGCUCAACAUUCUUUUAAGAAUGGUUCAACACCAACUUUUCAAGUGCACAAUUCAAAUGAUAAUGCAAUAAUAGAAUCACCAAUUGAGAAUCCUAAUACUAGUAGUAUUGUUCCCUUGGAUUCACAUAAUAGUUUUUACAAUUCAACAGUGGUUCCAACUUUUCAGGCUCAACAUUCUUUUAAGAAUGGUUCAAUACCAACUUUUCAAGCUCAACAUUCUUUUAGGAAUGGUUCGACGCCAAUUUUUCGGGCUCAACAUUCUUUUAAGAGUGGUUCAACACCAACAUUUCAAGUUCACAAUUCAAAUGAUAAUGACAUAGCAGAAUCACCAACAAAUAUCGUUGAGAAUCCUAAUACUUGUACUGUUCCCUUUGAUUCGCACAAUAGUUUUUACAAUUCAACGGUUCCACCAACUUUUCAGGCUCAACAUUCUUUUAGGAAUGGCUCGACACCAACUUUUCAAGCUCAACCUUCUUUUAAGCAUGACUCAACACCAACUUUUCAGGCUCAACAUUAUUUUAAGAAUCGUUCAACGCCAAAUUUUCAAGUGCACAAUUCAAAUGAUAAUGCAAUAGAAGAAUCACCAACCUAUAAUAUUGUUCCUAAUAUUAGUAUUGUUCCCUUUGACUCACAUAAUAGUUUUUACAAUUCAACAGUUGCACCAACUUUCCAGGCUCAACAUUCUUUUAGGAAUGAUUCAACACCAUCUUUUCAGGCUCAACAUUCGUUUAGGAAUGGUUCAACAUCAACUUUUCAAGUGCACAAUUCAAAUGAUAAUGCAAUAGUAGAAUCAACAACCUAUACUAUUGAGAGUCCUAAUACUAGUAUUGUUCCAUUUGAUUCACAUAAUAGUUUUUACAAUUCAACAAUUGCACCAACAUUUAGUGCAAAUGGUGGCAAUGAAAUAACAUCGGCAACACAGAUAGAAGAUGAUCUUUUUGGACCAUGGCCUAGUGCAACAACCAAUGAUCCAACGUCUAACGUGUCAUCAAUGCAAGAUCAAACUUUGUUGCAAUUUCAACAACUGUGGUUGGAACAACAAAACAAGAUUAUAGCAAAGCAUAUGACUUGA